AUGUCUGUGUUGAGAGCAAUCGCCGUGUUCCUCUGUGGGUUCCUGUCACUAAAGAUGUGCAGAGCCCAGGUUGUCUUUCCGGGCAAGUGUCCAGAAGUUGAAGCCAUGACUAAUUUUGAUGUCAAAAGGUAUUUGGGCCGGUGGUACGAGGCCGAGAAAUAUUUUGCGUUUUUCGAGCUGGGUGGCCGAUGUAUCACGGCGGACUAUGGUGAAAAAGACGAUGUAAUAACUGUGAAGAACACUCAAAUCAACGAUUACACGGGGAAAGUGAACAAGAUCAAGGGCUAUGCAGUUCCGGAGAGUGAAAUCGGAGAAGCAAAACUCUCCGUGUAUUUCCCUCAGAUGCCGAUUAACAUCGCUGCUCCUUACUGGGUCGUAGAUACAGAUUAUGAUAGCUACUCAGUAGUGUGGGGCUGCUUUGAGUUCGGAAAACUUUUUCAUACUCGAAACGCCUGGAUAUUAACUAGAGAACGAAACCCACCAAGCUACGUCAUCGAGAAGGCGUACGAAGCCAUCAGGGAGAACAACAUCGACGCAUCUUACUUCUCAAAAACGGACCAGAGCAAUUGCACCUUGGAAGACGACCAU